AUGGGGCAGACCUGCUGCCGCUCCAUCAAUGGCACACUCUGCGACGAAUCUGCGCCAGCGAACCAGGUUGCCCCCGAGAUGGCUGAGGAGGCAGCCAACGAGAUUGAGCGUCUUCUCCGUGAGCUCUUUCGGCUUCAUGAUUUGAACAGCAAUGGUCUUCUGGAGAUUGAGGAGCUGGUGCAGCUGAACUCAAAGGUAGCCUUGCUGCACCACGGGAAAGACACGAAUCUGGCUGCCGUAAAAUCCAGGUAUCGACAGCUCUUCAAGGACCGUUUGGAUCCUCACGGUCGACCUGUCCCGUACCAGACUUUUCGAAGAUACGUGGUGCAGGUCCUAAACGGUAUCGACCCGGACCCCGCCGCACAAGAGAUGAUGCUGGAGCAAUUUGUCGCGGAGGCCAAAUCUGCCCGGGCCGUAUUUCAUGUUCCAUCGUUUGCCAGUACUGCGGACAAAGCUUUUCUUCCGCAUUUGUCCUUCCAUGUGAACUCCUUCCCAAGGAUCCCGGAUGAGGAAACUGUGGAGAUUCCUUCAGAGAUGAAGGCCCGCUUCAGAUCAGCCUUAAAGGCCGACAAGUUUGGGACCGAGCUGAAUGCCCUGAUCACCGCCGUUUUCUUUCCGUUUAUGGUGGGCAAAUGUCAAGUGGAGGAAAGGAAGCAUGAGGAUCUAGAACAGAUCCCGGAAGGAGAGGCUUGGAAGUGCGCUGUGAAGAUCGAAAAGUGUCGCUGGCUGGAGAGGAGCGGCUGCGUUGGAAUGUGUGCUGGCCUUUGCAAACGACCCAUGCAGCGGAUGUUCGGAGAGGUGCUUGGGAUGCCUCUGUCCAUGGAACCAAACAUGGAGGACCUUAGCUGUACCAUGGUCUUCGGGAAGAAGCCAGUGGAAUGGGACAAGGAUGAUUUGCGAGAACAGCCUUGUUUCAGCACUUGUGCCACUGCCAGGCGCCACAGCGAAGGCGCCGGGACGCUGACCACAGCGCCCUUGGUGCGGAGUUUGGUCUCCUUGCGGCGGGACUCCUGCAGCGUGCAAGAAGAGUCAGGACAAUGGUUCCUGAACUUCGAAUUUGCUUCGCUGGCCACCGGAACCGCUACGGCGUCCUUUCUGGCGAGUGACGCCGAGCAGGCUGAAGCUUCGUUGUCUGCGCCCUCGGCAUCGUCAAGCGCAUCGCUGCGCUUUGGGGCAGAGACGCGGCAAGCCGGGCGGCUCUUCUUGUCUGCAGACCUCCCGGCCAGUCUGGUGGAUCUGCAGGAAGGUGUGCAUCACGUUAUUCUGGAUCUUCGUGCGGAUAGCGAGGAUCCCAUGGCAGUUACACUGCAGCGUAGCUUUUUACGCCUCCCGCCCGAAGGGUCUGGUGAGGUGCAUGUUGAAAAACAGUUGGUGCAAUGCGGGAGCAUCAUUCGACCCUUGGACGCCCUCUAUGGCACGAUGCCAAACCCCAGGAGCAAAGCUGACAAAGAUGAAGGCGGUGAUUGCGUCAUUUGCCUCUCCAAUCCGAGGGAGGUUGCAAUCCUCCAUUGUCGACAUGUUUGCCUUUGCUCUUCGUGUGCAAAAGUCACCUCUUCAACUUGGUCCUUCCAGUGUCCAGUCUGCCGCGGCCGCGUUGCCGCCAUGGUUGGUCUGAGAGAAGAGAGCUGA